ACUUUAUGGAAUCUUAAAGAAAAAUUUAGUCUUUUUUAAUAUGGAGGAUGAGGACUGCCCUACGGAGUUUUCAGACCAUUAUAAAGUUGUAAAAGACAUGUAUGCCGAAGUGCAAUGUUUUUUAUCAACGCUAAUUGCGAAUCCUCCAAAAACAUGUGCGGAACAUGUCACAUUGAGCACAGCCUUGCAUCUUCAACUGACAAAUUUCAUAAUAGCCUCAAGAAAAUUAAUGCAAGAAUAUGAAGAACAAUAUGAUUUUAAUUCUAAGUGCGCUCAACAUGAUUUUUCAGAAUUACCUCCAUUGGAAGAACCAUGUCAUGAAGAUCUCUCCCAAGUAGCACUUGUAUGGGAAUAUUAUAGUCAACAGAAUCCUGCACAAUUUAAUGCAGCAUUAAUUCAACAGAGUAAUCAAAAAAAUUUGCAUCCUCCUUUACAUAACCAAAAUAAGGAAUAUACACAUUAUCCAAGUAAAAGAAAUCUUUCCCAAAUUGAAAUUUCAUGGCAAUAUUGUAAUGAACUAAGUCCUUUGAGACCCGGUUCUCCACUACAUAAUCAGUUACAAGUAGAAGACAAUUCACAAGAUUUUCGGUUGCAAUGUCAAAACGAAUACAAUGGUUUUAGACGAGGCGUUCCACUGCAACAAGGUCAAGAUCAUAAUCAGUUGCAAUGUCAAAAUAACGUUAAUAGUUACGAACAGGGUUCUCCAAUGCAAUGUCGAAAUGAACAAAACGGUUAUAAACAAAUUGUUUCAUAUCAAUGCCAAAAUAGAAGUAACUAUGAACAAAAUAGUAACGAACAAAAUUAUCUUAUCCAAUGUAAUAACCAAUAUGGAACUAAUCACAAUCCAAUGCAACCUAGCACAAUAUUAACGCCACAAUACCAACAAUAUCCAUUCCACAAUUCCGGAACGUCAAAUUUAUCUUCGCAGUAUCAAAAUCAACAGCAACAAUUUGAUGAUUCUUUAAGAUCAAAUCUACUUCCGAAAUAUCAAAAUCAAGUUGAACAAACCUGUGAAUGUGGAAGAACAACUUUAUCUCCGCAAUAUCAAAAGAAACAAAUGCAAACUUUCGAAUGUGAAAGAAAAAAUUUACCUCCACAAUAUCAAAAUCAACAAAAGUCAUCAUACAAUCGUGAAACAUCAAGUUUACCACCCCAAUUUCAGAAUCAAUCUUGUGUUCCUUUAAGAUCAAAUCCACCAUUGCAGUAUCAGAACCAAGCUUUCAUUGCAGAAAGAUCAAAUGCACCUUUGAAUUAUCAAAAUCAACCAAAUCAAGCUUAUGAUCCUGGAAGGGCCUGUUUAUCACAGCAACAUCAGAAUCAAUUGGAUCAACCUUGCUAUCCUGGAAUAUCAAAUCCACUGCUCAAUUACCAGAACCAACUGAACCAAACAUAUGAUACUAGAAGACCAAAUAUACCUUCGCAAUAUCAAAAUCAACAAAAUCAAGCUUCCGAGUUUGAAAGGUCAAAUACACCACCGCAAUAUCAGAUUCAACCAAAUCAAGAUUGCAAUCCUAAAAGAUCCAAUUCACCUUCGCAAUAUCAGAAUCAACCAAAUCAAGCUUGCAAUCCUAAAAGAUCAAAUUCACCUUCGCAAUAUCAGAAUCAACCAAAUCCUAAUCCUAAAAGAUCAAAUUCACCUUCACAAUAUCAGAUUCAACAAAAUCAAGUUUGUAGUCCUAAAAGAUCAAAUUCACCUUCACAAUAUCAGAAUCAACCAAAUCAAGUUUGCAAUCCUAAAAGAUCAAAUUCACCUUCACAAUAUCAGAAUCAACCAAAUCAAGUUUGCAGCCCUAAAAGAUCAAAUUCACCUUCGCAAUAUCAGAAUCAAUCAAAUCAAGUUUGCAAUCCUAAAAGAUCAAAUUCACCUCCGCAAUAUCAGAAUCAACCAAAUCAGACUUGCAAUCCUAAAAGAUCAAAUUCACCUUCACAAUAUCAGAUUCAACAAAAUCAAGUUUGCAGUCCUAAAAGAUCAAAUUCACCUUCGCAAUAUCAGAAUCAACCAAAUCAAGUUUGCAAUCCUAAAAGAUCAAAUUCACCUUCGCAAUAUCAGAAUCAACCAAAUCAGACUUGCAAUCCUAAAAGAUCAAAUUCACCUUCGCAAUAUCAGAUUCAACCAAAUCAAGCUUGCAAUCCUAAAAGAUCCAAUUCACCUUCACAAUAUCAGAUUCAACCAAAUCAAGUUUGUAGUCCUAAAAGAUCAAAUUCACCUUCGCAAUAUCAGAAUCAACCAAAUCAGACUUGCAGUCCUGAAAGAUCAAAUUCACCUUCGCAAUAUCAGAACCAACCAAAUCAAGUUUGCAAUCCUAAAAGAUCAAAUUCACCUUCGCAAUAUCAGAAUCAACCAAAUCAAGUUUGCAGUCCUAAAAGAUCAAAUUCACCUUCACAAUAUCAGAAUCAAUCAAAUCAGACUUGCAAUCCUAAAAGAUCAAAUUCACCUUCGCAAUAUCAGAAUCAACCAAAUCAGACUUGCAGUCCUGAAAGAUCAAAUUCACCUUCGCAAUAUCAGAACCAACCAAAUCAAGUUUGCAAUCCUAAAAGAUCAAAUUCACCUUCGCAAUAUCAGAAUCAACCAAAUCAAGUUUGCAGUCCUAAAAGAUCAAAUUCACCUUCACAAUAUCAGAAUCAAUCAAAUCAGACUUGCAAUCCUAAAAGAUCAAAUUCACCUUCGCAAUAUCAGAAUCAACCAAAUCAGACUUGCAGUCCUGAAAGAUCAAAUUCACCUUCGCAAUAUGAGAACCAACCAAAUCAAGUUUGCAAUCCUAAAAGAUCAAAUUCACCUUCGCAAUAUCAGAGUCAGCAAAAUCAAGUUUGCAGUCCUAAAAGAUCAAAUUCACCUUCGCAAUAUCAGAAUCAGCAAAAUCAAGUUUGCAAAUGUGGUAGAACUAGUUUACCAGUUCAAUAUCAAAACCAACCAAAACGGGCAACCGAAUCUAGAGGUUCAAAUUUUCCAUUUCAAUAUCAGAAUCAGCUGAAUUGCUUAAAUCAUGAUUCCAAUUUGACUUAUCAAAAUGGAUAUAAAGCUCAAAAUAUGCCAGUAAACAUUUGUGCAACAUCAAACUCACCUAGAGCAUUUCCUAAUCAACUAAAUGCUUUUAAACAUAGUCCGCCCUUAAAAUAUCAGAACCAACAAAAUCAACCUUGCGAUCUUACAGGAGCAAAUGCACCAUUGCCAUAUGAGGGUGGACAAAAUUCCUUAAAACAGAAUUUUCCACGUCAAAAUCAAUAUGCGCCUAAUCUGCAGAACAAAGCAAUAGAAGAGCCUUGUGGCGGUCCUUGCUCCCCACAGCAAUAUCGAAGUCAGAACAAUUACGUACAGGGUUCUUUAAUACAAUGUCGGAAUGAAUGUAAUUCCUCUGAUUUGUCAGAAAAAAGAAUCAGCAAACCGCAAUGGAAAAGAACUACUAGUUAUACACAAUUCCCAAAGGGAGGUCAACAUUGUCACAAGCGCGUUAUUCGAGCUGUAAUUCAUCCUCAACCUACACAUGGUUUUAUGUGUGAGGAAAGAGAAAAAUUUGGUGCUAAACCUGAAAGAGACAAAGUAAAAUCAGGCACGGAAAAUUGCUCAAAACAAUGCAUGAAUAACACUUCUGGUAUGAGGACGAAAUGUUCUCAACAAAAUCCUAUUCAAAAGGAAUAUGAAACUCUAUCAGAACAGGAAAUAGAUGAGGCGCUUUUAUACAAAAUAUUAUGUUUAGAGUGUUGGCCAAUGUUACAAGCCCAAAAACAAAAUAAAUUGAAAAACUUGACAGCAAAUGAACAGCAAUCAAAACGAUGUACUAUCAAUAGCAAUCCUAAGGAAAAUCGUGCUCGAACUUUGCAAAAUAAACCUGGACAACUAUGUAUACCACGAAAAAACAGAAAUGGUAACCUCAAACAUCAGACAAUGCCAUGCAAUACUAAACCUAAACGUGAUAUAAAACCUAUUUUGCGUUGUAAAUGCAAACCUGCUCAAAAUCAUAGAAGAGUUAAAUUUGAACAAUGUGCAAAAUUUCCUGCAUUUCGGAAAACAGGUGGUCAGAAUAAAAUGCUACAGUAUAUUGAUGAAUUACUGAUUGAAAAGUUGGGCAUGAGUUUGUAUGACACCACAAACUCCGAAACAUCUUGGACAGAUAUAAGUCAGGAAGAAAAUACAACAGUGUCGGAGGAAAGUGAAGAAUAUGAACAGGAAUAUCCAACUACCUCAAACAGAAGACACAAUGAACUUUCUUGUGACCAAAGAAGAAAAGAGACGGAAUUGCAUGACGAAAUUAAUAGUCUGUUUCAAGAAGAUGAUGAAAGUUUUGAUGAUCUUUACUAUCUUCCUAGUGUAAAAGAAGAGGAAAAUUCUAAAAAAUAUCAUUCGAUACUUGUUAAAAGGCAACCUAGUAACUUAACUGAUGGGGACGGUUUGAUGGGAGGUAAUCAAAAUAAGGCACAACAGCGAUCACCUUCAGCUCCAAAAAAGGUUGUAUGUUUCAAUGAAGCAUUAAAUCAAAAAUAUGAGAUAAGUUCUAUUUAUGCGGAAUGCCGGGCUGGACCAUAUGUAAAAAAACGCAAAAUCCAACGAAUGAGAAAGAAUAUACGAAAAUAUAUGAUGAAAUAUUCACAAAAUCUAAAUUCAAACUUGGAAGAAAGUUUUUCGAAUACAUAUACUCCAGGACGCAAAAUUACUAAAUAAGUAGAAAAUAUUUAUAAUUUGAACUAAGUUUAUUCUAUUGUUGUUCUUUAAUUUGUUGUUAAAAUAUUGUUUUGCUGAUAAAUCUCUUGUAGGAACAAAAACGCGAAUUUAAACAUAAAAAUAUAUUUUUGAAUG